AUGGAUCAAGACCGCAAGAUCACUAGAUGCAUUCCGGGCUAUUCUGGCUUUAUUCCAGGCACCUACGCUGGCAAUAUCAUCGGGACUGGUUUUAACAAGGGUAAGCUUGAUGCAGAUGCUCAUCUGCGUACUACGGCUCAGGCUAGGAGGUUCGGCGUUCAGUAG